GAAACACAUACUUCACAGACACACACCCACACACGUACACUUUAGCCAGAGAGAGUACAGCCCCUUUUCCACAGUGCUUACUGCUUGGACUGACAGAGAUAGCUAGUGUCCUUUUCACAACCGCGUUGCUCUCAGCUCUAAGAGGAGCAGGCAUGGACCGGGGGUGGUGGGUUCCUGCUGCAAGGCUGCUGGCCUUGCUAUGCUGCACUCUGGGGCCCGUACAGGGGGAGAAGGUGCUGGUCAUGCCUGUGGACGGGAGUCACUGGCUCAGCAUGAAGCUUCUGGUGAAGGAGCUCUCCCGUAGGGGCCACGAGAUGGUCGUCCUGGUGCCAGAAACCAGCAUUUUGAUCCAGGGUUCAGACUUCUUCAGGACCGAGGUCUUCGAAGUGCCCUACGAGAAGGCUGAGUUGUCGGCUGUCAUUGAUAGUUUAAAGGAUGGAGUUUUCACCAAGAUCCCGGAGAUAACAGACAUUUUUGUUAACGGGGAACGGUUGAUGAAUUUCACCAACAUACAGGUGAGAGCAUGCGAGGGUCUGCUCUACAACCAGCCCCUCAUGGAGAGACUACGGGGAGAAGGGUUCCAGCUCAUGCUCACAGAUCCUUUCCUCCCCUGUGGCUCCAUCCUGGCCAAAACCUUCUCUAUGCCAGCUGUUUACUUCCUGCGAGGGCUCCCCUGUGGCCUAGACGAAAAAGCAGCCCAGUGCCCUGCCCCUCCCUCUUACAUUCCCCGUUUCUACAGUGGAAACACGGACAAGAUGGACUUCCUAGGCAGAGUCAAGAACAUGGUGAUGUUCACUGUAGAGUCUUACAUGUGCCGUUUACUCUUUGCUAGCUUUGACGAGCUCACCAGUAGGUAUCUCAAGAAUGAUAUGACCUAUAGAGAGCUGAUUGGUGAGGGAGCUAUCUGGCUGCUCAGGUAUGACUUCACCUUUGAGUACCCCAAACCACUCAUGCCCAACAUGGUCCAAAUCGGAGGGAUCAACUGUGCAAAAAGAUCCCCUCUACCAGCUGACCUAGAGGAGUUUGUGGAGGGUUCUGGAGAGGACGGCUUCAUUGUGUUCACCUUUGGCUCCAUGGUGUCUCAAAUGCCUGAUGAGAAAGCCAAGCAGUUCAUAGACACUUUCAGGCAGAUUCCUCAAAGGGUUGUGUGGAGAUACACUGGGCCCCUCCCAGACAAUGUUCCUAAAAACGUCAAGGUCAUGAAGUGGCUCCCUCAAAACGACCUUCUUGGCCACCAAAAAGCCAGAGCCUUCAUCACCCAUGGAGGAACACAUGGCAUCUAUGAGGGCAUCUGCAACGGUGUUCCCAUGGUGAUGCUGCCCUUGUUCGGAGACCAGGGGGACAACGUGCACCGUAUGGUCGUCAGGGGUGUGGCUGAGGCCCUCAGUGUGUUUGACGUCACUGCUGACAACCUGCUGGUGGCGCUCAACAAGGUCAUCAACGACAGAAGCUACAAGGAGAGAAUGGUGAAGCUGUCGGCAGUGCACAGGGACCGUCCCAUCGAGCCCCUAGACCUAGCCGUGUUCUGGACAGAGUUCGUCAUGAGGCACAAAGGAGCUGAGCACCUCCGGCCUGCCGCCCAUGACUUGAACUGGAUCCAGUAUAACAGCCUGGACGUCAUUGGUUUCCUAAUUGUCAUUCUGAUAACGGUCAUUAUGGUGACCGUUAAAUCAUGCCUGUUCUGUUUCCGCAAAUGCGUGGGCAGCAAGACUUUGAAGGAGAAGAAUGCUUGAAUGUGGCUGAGUUUGACUAUUGUUUGUAACCUAUGGGGAGCAGGUUGAAAACAAUGUAUGCGUGACAGAGAUUUGCCGUAAAACUGCUGUGACAACUGAAGAGGUCAUUCUUCACUCACUAUUUGUGUGUGUGUCUGUUUUUCCGUAUUUCAAGUCUCAGGAUUAUUUGAACACUACUUUGAAAUAAUCUAAGCCAUUUUUUAUAUAUUUUUUUGCCACCAAAAAGUUGGAUAAAUAUGGUCUGCCUUUUCAUAAGAGGGUAUAUAGCCUAAUCCAAAUUGAUGACAUAUCUUAGCAGGUGUAAUGAUUGACCUUUUGUUCACAUUAACAACGAAUGAUGAUGCCAGAUGUUUAAGAUGCUGUAACAAUCACUACUUUUUGUAUUUUGCAACUUCUAUUGUCACUUUUUUUAAAUAAACAUUUUAACUCCCUAAAA